AUGCAUCGUACCUUUCUGAGUGUGAAUACCCACGCGCCGCCCGGGGCUUUCCCGCCACCCUCGCUGUUGUACAACAACCUCUCCUUCGUGGAGGAGUGUGGGGCGCUGGUGUACGCCUCGAAGAAGGACUGCAUUGUCCUGGACUUGGAAUCACAGAAGACUCAUGUGCUGCCAACUGGAAACGUUGAGAAGGAGAUGGUUGUCCACUGCACUGCCACGCUUGCGCCUGUAGGGCUGCUGCAUCCGGACCGUUCCCUCCUCAUUCUCAUUGUCAUGGAGUCGUCUACGCAACUCUGGACGAAGGACUCUCCUCUUGGUUUCGUGCCACACAACGAUUCAAAUGGCGGUGGCUGCUGCGGCGCCAUUGUUUCCUUGGCCUCUGACAUCGCACACAUCCUCAUUAGCACAAACAAAGGGGUUGUCAUUUUUGCAGAGUUUGAUGCAACACCCAAUACACCGUUUCGUGUCGUGUCAGCUCUGAAGGGACACAUGGAGCAUGCUGUCACCGCGGUGCAGCUGAACCCUUUUCACAAUUCGCCGCUUUUUGCAGUCACCGGCGAUUCUGUGGGCCGCGUGCUAUUUUGGAACCGCAAGAGAGAACCGGUUGCGUCUGUUGAGACCCCGGAGUGUGUGACAGCGCUGCAGAUAGUGAGUGGCGGGGACCUCACGGUGGUCGCGAAUGGGGCUGGAAAGUUGCAGAUCUUUGAUAGUCUCACGGGCGUACUACGGGUGGAGAUCUGCGCCCACUCGCGCUGGAUUAAUACACUGGCGUUUUCUGCAGCAACCAACACUAUCCUUUCAGGGGCGGAAGACGGCUACCUCACUGUGUGGUCGAUACCGAAGAAUCCCGAGGGUAGCAUUACACCGGUCGAGGUCGUCGCAACGCACCAUGCACCUAACGUUUUUCCCACAGGCGCUGCUUUCAGGGCGGAUGGCACGCAUCUUUUUGUUUCGUUUUACGAUGUAAACGCAGUCACGGAGUACACGUUCGUGUGA